CACUCGACAAAGCAAUUCCUAUUAUUGUAAAAUAAAUACUUGAUCAUUUCAAUUGAAUUUGAAUAACAAUUUAAGACGCAUGGGUAUUGUAACGAGGCACGUGUCGCGGUGUUUCUAGUUGGGUAUAAAUAUCACUGCCAGACCGCAUUGAGGCAUUGGAACUCGGAACUCGAAGGCAAAAAAGCAAAUCUAACCACGCAUUUGACUUUGCCAACAACUUCAUUUUGUGGUUACUGUUUAAUAAAGAAGAUGAAAGAGUAAAUUAUACAGUUAACCAACAUUAUUAAACGAAAAUUUGUCGGUGAAAGUGUUACGAUAUUGGAAAAAGUCAACUGACUAGAUUUAUGAAAGUAUUAAAGCUGACACUCUGACAGCAUACCGACAGCAGCUUGAAACGAUUUGCGAAAUCUCAAAAUUGCGAUAAAAUGACUGCAUCUGUUAUAAAUCAGAACCAAGAAGAACUUUAUCUACCGUCCGCUGAAAAUAAAGCAUACAAUCAGAAUAGUGAAGCGAUGCAUGUAAGAAACACUUCAGUGAACUCUGUCGCAGGUUAUUCUUCUUACUAUGAUAUGAACAGCUACCACAAUGGUGGUUAUUCACACGAGCAUCACCAGGAAUCAAACGGUACAUACGAUAACACAAUGACCAGUCCACCGGGAGCUGAAAACAUCGCACCGGUAUACAACAGCGGCUACCCUUCGCCCGAGAACUUACAAAAUACAGCAUAUUGGGGACACAGUCAAAGUUAUGGGUAUCCUAAUCCAUUCAUGCCACUUGCGACAUAUACGAACACAUCUGAUGAUCGAAUCAAAUAUGGACCCAACGGGAAGCCGAAGAGACGCAGAGUUGCAACGAUUGCUCAAAGACGCGCUGCAAAUAUACGCGAGAGGCGACGCAUGUUCAACCUAAACGAAGCAUUUGACGUUUUGCGCAAACAGGUACCGACUUUUGCAUACGAAAAACGUCUAUCUAGAAUCGAAACACUUCGUCUAGCAAUCACUUAUAUAUCAUUCAUGGCACAGAUCGUCGACGGCAAAGAACCAAGUGACAUUAAAUUACAUUCUAAAGGACUUGGAUGGAACAGUUUGAAAAAAAUCGCAGACGACGCAAAUGAAGCGUCAUUAAACAGUUCCAUGGAAGGUGAUGAUGAAGAUGAAAAUUCGGUGAAUGAGAACAAGAUUUAAUGACGUAGAUCAACAAAGACGGCCUAUUGACAAUUCUGUUCAUCAAGCAUAGGUUGAAUUGCACGUUUCAUAGCAGCUUAAGUAAAUCUUUUUGUAUCCUCGGCGUUUUACGCACAUGCUAAAACCAAAGAGAGCAAUUUUAUGAUAUUUGUAAAAUACAUUUUACCGGUUAAUAUAAAAUAAAGAUGUGCUGGAAAUUGAGAAAAUGUUAUUUUAUGAUAUAUUUGGCAAAUCCUAUAAAAAAUACCUACUUAAAACACUUUAUUCGAGAUAUAA